AUGUCUGCACAGCUCAAGCAGCCUUCCACCACGCCUCAGCGCAAGGAGUACACCCGUGAUGAGGUCGCCAAGCACAACAAGCCCGGCGAUCUCUGGGUCGUCAUCGACGCCGAGAUCUACAACGUCUCCAAGUUCGCCGAGCUCCAUCCCGGUGGCGAGAACGUCUUCCACGAUGAAGAGGUAGCUGGUCAGGAUGCCACCGAGACCUUCUUCGGUCUCCACCGCCGCGAGAUCCUCGCCAAGCCCCAGUACCAGCGUCUCAUCAUCGGCAACAUCAAGGGCGAAGAGUCCAAGCUCAAGCCCGACCCAGUUGGAAGCCCUUCGCGUGUCCCUUACGGCGAACCCACCUGGCUCGCCACCGCCUACCACUCGCCCUACUACAACGACUCGCACCGUCACCUCCAGCGCGAGUGGCGCAAGUUUGUCGACGAGCACGUCGUCGAGGUCGCCCAGCGUUGCGAGGACAGCGGCAAGCGUCCCGACGUCGAGCUCGUCAAGAUGAUGGGUCAAAACGGCAUCAACGCCAUGCGAAUGGGUCCCGGAAAGCACCUUCACGGCCGCAAGCUCUUCGCCGGCAUCAAGGGCGAGGAGUUCGACUACUUCCACGAGCUCAUCCUCACACAGGAGCUGGUCCGAUGCGGUGCGCGUGGUUUCGGUGACGGUCUCAACGGAGGCAUGGUCAUCGGUCUUCCUCCCGUCAUGAACUUCGGUACGGACGAGCUCAAGAAGGAGAUCGUCGAGCCCGUUCUCGCCGGUGACAAGUUCAUCUGUCUUGCCAUCUCGGAGGCUUUCGCCGGUUCCGACGUCAUGGGUCUCCGCACCACCGCUACUCUCUCGGAGGACGGCGAGCACUACAUUGUCAACGGCACCAAGAAGUGGAUCACCAACGGCACGUUUGCCGACUACUUCUCGACCGCUGUCAAGACGGACCAAGGAUUCGCCAUGAUCUGCAUCCCCCGCUCGUGCGGUAACAUCGAGACCAAGCAGAUCAAGACCUCGUACUCGACCACCGCAGGUACUGCCUACGUCACCUUUGACAACGUCAAGGUGCCCAAGAAGUACCUCAUCGGCGAGGACGGCAUGGGUAUCUACUACAUCCUCUCCAACUUCAACCACGAGCGAUGGGUCAUGUGCUGCUCCACCAUCCGUGCUGCACGUGCCGUGUGCGAGGAGUGCAUGCUCUGGAUCCACCAGCGCAAGGUGUUCGGCAAGCCGCUCACCAGCCAGCCCGUCAUCCGUCAGAAGAUGGCGCAGAUGAUCUCGCUCGUCGAAGCAGCCCAGAACUGGUUGGAGAACAUCACGUACCAGAUGUGCAAGAUGUCGUACGCCCAACAGUCCAAGUUCCUCGCCGGUCAGGUCGGUCUGCUCAAGAGCUGGUCCACGCGUGUCUCGCACGAGGUCGCCGACGGCGCCGUCCAGAUCUUCGGUGGCCGUGGUCUCACAAAGACCGGCAUGGGCAAGUUCACCGAGAUGUUCCACCGAACCUAUAAGUUCGACGCCGUACUGGGUGGCAGUGAGGAGGUCCUCGCCGAUUUGGGUAUCCGACAGGCGCUCAGGAUGAUGCCUGAGAACGCUCGUUUGUAA